CACUUUCCAAAAUGGCGCAGCACGCAGCAGACUUUAUCUGUGACUACUGCGACCGCGGUUUCACCAGGAAAUACAACUUACGGAUCCACAUAGAGAACUGUCACCUAAACACCGUCACCUCUUGCGGGGUCUGCAACCAAUCCUUCGGCAGCACCAGCGGCCUCCAACAACACCUGAACCGGGGCCACAAUAGAAACCAUCAGGGCUUCCCCGAAUGCGACCUUUGUGGACGCAUCUUCAAAAGGAAACAAAACAUCGUUUCCCAUAUGAUAACAAUCCAUUUACAAGGGUCGGAAAUAAGAUGUCUCAUCUGCCUGAAAACGUUUACCACGCAACGCAAUCUAAAAAGGCAUAUCAAUCAGUUACACAAUCCGGAUUUCGAGUAUUUAGAGUGUGACGACUGCAGCAAGAUCUUCAAGGGGAAACAUUCGCUGAUAAACCACAUUCAGGCGAUGCAUAACCCGGCUAAUAAACAGAACUGUACGUGCCAUGUUUGUGAUAGGACUUACACGAACACGCGCAAUCUGAAGCGUCAUAUCGAGACGUGUCAUGGGGAAAGGGGGGAGUAUAAGUGCUGCUUCUGCACCAAGGUAUACACGUCCAAUCAAAGCCUGCGUCGACAUCAGAGGAUCAGACACAAUCCGAAGAUAACCAACGUGAAAUCAAUCCCUUUGGAAGUCCUCAACGGGGUCUAUGACGAAGACGUGGUAAAGAAUCAUAACAAUGGCUACCAGUGCAGGAAAUGUAAGAAGACUUUUUACAGCGAACCGGUGUUGCGGCAACACAUGAAGCUAGCGCAUUCUUUCAGCUCCUUCUAUAAAUACUGCAGGUCUGUGUUACUCAAACAGGAAACUCUGAAGCUAGAAACUCAAGUGAACAAGUUUUACAACUGCGAGUUCUGCAACUAUGUCUUCAGUAACGUUUACGAGUUGAAGAACCAUAUGCACUCGAAUCACGAUGUAGAAUACUGCCUGUCGACUUGCAAUGUGUGUUUCAAUAAGUUCUACAGCAAAGAGACGGCUUGCGAACACAAGAAGAUCUGUCUUCCGCCCGCCGACGCCAAUGCUUGCAGUCAUUGUGACAAACUCUUCACUGAUGUAUCCAGUCUUCAGUUCCACGCCAGGAUCUUCCAUCCACAAUCCCAGAUAACUGACCAGGACGUCACAUCGACCAAUACUGAGGACGUGGCAGAGAGCUCGGUGUACAACUGCCCGCAUUGCCAGCGCGUGUACUACAGCGAUCGAUCGCUGAAGCAUCACAUGAAGCUAAAGCAUUCGGAAGGCGAAGCCGUUGAGUGUCCCAUUUGCGGGAAAAUCUGUAGUAACAAGUACUAUCUGGCAUCGCACACUAAGCUAGUUCACGAAGAGCAAUUGUUCUCGAAAUGCGAGUAUUGCGACAAACAGUUUAAAUCGAGGAGGAACGUGCGCAGACAUAUUGAGUUCACGCAUUUAGGGAUGCAAAGAUACAAGUGCAUUGAGUGUGAAACUCUUUUCAAAGAGAAGCGAAGUCUCCGAAAGCAUGUUAGGACGAAGCAUUCGGAUUCUAAAUCGUUCCCUCAGUGCCAUAUCUGCGAGAAAAGAUUCGAGUCGGCCAAGUCUUGUAAGAUCCAUCUGAAGUUGGUACAUUCCUUCAAUUUGAACACGCAUCCGUGUCACAAAUGCUCGGUCUCUUUCACGUCUUACGAGUCUCUCAGAGUCCACCUGCAAACCAACCAUUUGGCGGAAGAGGAAAUUUACAAGUGUGAGGAAUGCAACCUAGUGUUCGAAGGCCACGAGAAGUUUGAGAACCACAACGAAUUGUAUCACGUGAGCCUUGUCUCCAAGAUUAAACAGAAGAUUUUGCCGCGCUGCAUACUGUGUAUGAAGGAUUUCAGCACAAGGAAGACGUUGAAACGGCACAUAAAGAAAUUCCACACGGAGUUUGACCCAGACGAGCUGGCUACCUUCGGCUCUAGACGACGAAUCUUCACCGUCGAUUGCGAGCAUUGCGUGAAGAAAUUCACUGACGACUCAUACGUCAGUCUCUACCAGAAGCUGAGGCGCGUUAACUCGAGAGACUCGCCGGUCUUCAAAUGCGAGUUUUGUGGCUGUUCGUACAGCGUUCUAGAGUUUUCCAUCCAGAACUACCGUUUGCAAAGCGCCGAUGGCGUCACUAAGACGAUUCUGAGUGAACUCUGCACUACGGAGAUGAGUGAGGGAGAGAGUGAGGAUAGAAAGGGAGGGUUUAGGUUGCUAGAUGAUAGCAUGAUGGAACCAGAGAGCACAACGACUGAAAUCAAGAAGGAAGUCAUAGACAACUAUUCUGAUAUGAUGAGUAUUAAAAUGGAACCUGUUUCACCAUGAGUGCCAAAUGCAGAACCCUUUUGAUGGCACUUUGGUCUUUCUUUAUAAUAGGUACUGAAUAUCAGUAGCAUGAUUUGUAUAUGGUAACUUAUUAUUAUUAUUGCAAAGUCCCUUCAAAAAAAGGUUUCGACACCUGAGGAUCACUUUAGCUUACGAAAAACUAUGUUUAUGAGCACUGCUGAGCUACCCACGACUCUAUCGCGUUGUAUUUAACGUUCCGAUUGUAUGACAGCUCUCGAUAGUUUGUUUUUUGUCGAGCUAGAGUAAUUCUCUUGGACUUUAAGCGCCCCGCCCACUGAUAGAGUCGAGGCGGAAUCGUGUCGGCUUUAAGGCGCAGGGAAUUAUGUCUCAUUUACUAUGUCAAGUUCUCGCCUCGCCUGCACCUCGCCCGCGCCGCGACUCCGCCUCGACUUCUUCAGUAAGUGUCGACCAGGCCCUGUAGCACAGGGCGCUAUUAAGACGUGACAAAGGUUUACUGUCGCGCUCGCUCUUGAGGCUGCGCGAUGUGAGUGAGCGCGAUGCAAAACUCUUGUCACGUCUUAAAUGCGCCCCCCUUCUAGCCCUUCUGGCCGAUGUAGCAAAUAUAGAGAAGGGGUGCCUCUGGGUCGCCGCCUCGACUCUCGUCAGCGGAGCCCCUAAGGGUGGGUUUCGCAUGGCAAUAAGACUGAGUGUCAAUCUGGCUAUGAAAUUAAAGCAGUGUUUCACAAUGUCUGGUUAGUGGCUACCUGUGAUAUAAAAUACAUGCUGUCACUGUCAAAAAAAUAAUAAAAACAGAGUGUGACAGCAUCUACUUUAUCUUAUAGGUAGCCACUAACCAGACAUUGUGAAACAGGGCCAAGUGUAUUUUAACCUCAGAUACUAAAUUGACAGAUUAAUACGGUUCAUCAACAGCAACAGUCGAUUGUCCCGCGAUUAAGUGACGUAUAGUUCUAUUGGCGGGACAAUCGACUGUUCAUGAAUCAAUUUAGGAUCUGAGAUUAAAAAACAGACUAUAGUCCUUCCUCUUUGAAGAUGUGCGUAUGUAUUGUAAGAAUUAAAUCUUUAAUCGCGAUAAUGUUCUAAGUUAUUUUGUAUGUUUUGAAGUAGGUAUUAAAUAUUAAUGAUUGCAAUAAUUAGAGGAGGCACAAAGCUGAUUCUAUCUGCUAAAUAUGUAGGUUUUAAGUACCUAAGUAAGAAUGAGAUUCCUACAAUUAAAUAUAGAUUAUAGAAUCUCGCUAAAUACACUCACGGGCAAUGAAAAAGUUCCAUUCGCAAAAUUCCGACACCAAACAACCCCAAUUUUUACAUUUAAU